AUGGAUGUCAAGACUUUCUAUCUUGCCGGCGAGACUGCUGAGCAUGGCGUGGACCUCGACAUCAGCCAAGUCACCGAACUAAGUGCGCUUCAAGAGGUCAUUGCAAACAACUUUGGCAUCGUUGCUGCUGGAGAGGUGGGCUUCCAGGACAAGACCCGCACCCUCGAAACUCUCGUUGAAAUCGAAUCAACAAAUGAGCCUAUCAGUGUCACCAUAUCUGGUCAACCUGUUCGCGAGACUCCAGGUCCUGAGGGUUUGCCAUACGUAGGCUCAUAUCUCCAAAUAUUCCCAGAUCAUCUCGGCAACAAUCAACGUCUGUUUGAGCGAUAUGGUCCAGUCUUCAAGUCGACCAGUAUGGGUGUGACGAGCUAUCAAACCAACGAUCCUCGAAUUGCUCAGCUCGCUUUGACGGAAUCGGCGUACUUCUCCAAAGAGAUCAACAAAGUACACCCUCUUUUCCCAAUCAAGAAUGAUUUGGCAGGUGUUUUUCUUGGUGACUCGUCCAGCCCCAACUGGAAUAUUGUGCAUAAGUAUAUGCCUCCUGCACUUGGUCCCAAGGCUGUCCGCCACUAUUCCAAGACCAUGAACGACGAGUUGCGCAUGUCACUACCAGUAUUUGACGAGCUCGAGUCAACCGAUUCAGCUUGGAAUGUUUAUCAGUACAUGCUGAAACUCAGUUCCGCUACUGUCGGCAAAAUUGUUCUCGGAAUUGACUUUGAGCACUUUACUUCUGUCGAUGCACCGCUGCACAGAAUGCCUCUAGCCAUCGCUCAUUCCUUGGCCCUGAACAAGAAGGUGGCCUCAAUGGGCGAGUGGUACUCUCAUCUACCUUUCGGCGAUCCCAAACGCCUGAGAAACUUACAAGAGUUCAUGCAGGGCCAGAUCGACAAGGUGAUUGAGGAGUUCAAAGGCAAAGGAGUCGAGGAUUUACCCCUUCAGGAUGCUGCCUUGAAGGCCGAAAACCUCGUCGAUUACUUUAACCGUGCGGUGGAUAACUCCGGAAAUCGUCUUCCUAAAGCGAAUAUGACUUCUGCCCUGAUCGUCGCUGCCGGAGCUGGCUUUACCACUACGUCGUCCUUAUUGUCAUGGCUCAUCUAUGGACUUGUCACAUACCCUGGCAUGCAAGAGCGGUUGGUCCAAGAGCUGGUCAACCAUGAUUUCAAGGAUGACAUGGACGUCACUCCAGAGUUGAUCGAAGAUCUCAACGAGCUUGACAAAUAUGUCAAGGAAAUGCAACGCAAGCACAACCCCUCCUAUCAACCAGGUCGUACCGCUCAAAGAGACCUGAUUCUUCCCGGCGGUCUUAGGAUGCGUAAGGGCGAAGUUAUCAUCGCUGCACUUCACCACAUCCACAACAAUCCCAAGGUCUGGGAAAACCCAGAUCGUUUCGACCCCGACCGUUGGGAGACCGAAAAGGUCAAGAAGCGUGGCAAGACUGACUACAUUCCUUUUGCUGCCGGACAACGCAUGUGCGUUGGCUUUAAUUUUGCCCUCCAAGAGGUCAAGAUCUUCAUCGCCCAGCUAGUCUGGCGAUACGAAUGGAUCAAAGACGGCAAUGUCGAAACCGAGUAUGAUCCUUUCUUCCAGCUUAUCAGACCCGUGAAUUUGUACGUACGUACAAAGAGACGAACUGUCUAUCCCUCGAAAUCGAUCUAG